AUGUACAAUGCAAAUGGGAGAGAUAGUGCUAACCCCCCUCCACCAGCUCAGAAUUAUGGUGCUGUAUAUAAUCAUGGAAAUUAUAGCUAUGAGCAAAAUAAAUUAAAUAAUAAUAUGUAUGAUAUACCAAUACCAAAUCAACAAAAAGAAUAUUGUUAUGAUGCACCAACUAAUGCUACAGCUAAUGGUGGAUUAUAUGAUGAAUUUUCAUUAAACGAAUUUUCUUCAACAAAAAUAAGACAUGGAUUUAUUAGGAAAGUUUAUUCCAUUUUAUCACUUCAACUUCUUAUUACAUUUGGAUUUUCGGCAUUGACAGUUUUGUAUGACCCAGUUAAAACUUUUGUAAGAAGUAAUGAUGUCUUGUUUUUAGUACUUGGUAUAUUAUUAAGUUUGCCUAUCUUGAUAACUUUGGCUUGCUAUCCUACAUUAGCAAGAAAAUACCCAAGUAAUUAUUUGAUUUUACUAUUAAUUACAAUUGGGAUGACAUUAAUAGUAUCAUUAGCCACUGCAAGAACAAAUUCGGAAAUUUUUUUUUAUGCAUUUGGUAUAACAGCAGCUGUAGUUAUUGGUUUAACUAUUUUUUCUUUUCAAACAAAAUGGGAUUUUACAGGUUGGCAUGUUUUUCUUUUUAUGGCAUUUUUAAUAUUAUUCGUUCUUGGUAUAAUAACUAUUUUUGUUCGUAGUAAAAUAAUGAAUUUAGUUUAUUCUGGAGUAAGCGCAUUUAUAUUAUCAAUAUCCAUAAUUGUUGAUACACAACUCAUUAUAGGAGGAAAACAUAAAAAAUAUGAAUUUUCUAUAGAUGAUUAUAUUUUUGCCACAUUAGCUUUAUAUAUGGAUAUUGUUAAUUUAUUUCUUUCAAUAUUAUCAAUUAUUUCAAAUACAGAGUAG